AUGGUUCAUGGUCAUGCUCACGGGACAAGCCGUUUUAUCGAGUCAAAAUGUGUCGCAAAAGCCAAAUUAGGAAUCCGGUUUGUUCUGCCUAUUAGGAUUAGUAAGUUAGGACUUACCCAUUACCUGGUGCAGAUGUUAAACCACAGAGGAGGUCAUGAGAGGUUGAGGGAUUUAUCAUUGGGUCAGGGUCAGAGUGCGCCAGAGGAUAUGAAUAGAAGAGAGCCAUCAGAUGUGGCUAUGCACGGCAAUGAAGAAGAAGAUCAGAACGAGGAGAUGAUGCAUACAAACAUGCUUAAGACAUAUGGUCAAGCUGAGAAUCUGGACUACGAAUAUCCAGAGAGGAGGGACUACUCUAUGUCACCUUACUCAUCCUCCAUUCACUCUCAAGGGACGAGGUCUCAUCAUCCACUAGACCCGCAUAGGAAUGUUCGGGUUGAGCAUUCCGGAUCUGCGAAUCCACAAGCACAGCAAGGUGCCAGGCCACCAUCGGAAUCAUCGGAACCAGAAGAUCAACAACGGGCCGGUACAACUUUAUCCAUGGUGUAUGAUCUUUUAUCCCAAGUGUUGCACCAGGCCAUACUAGGCACAAGCAACGGAGUAGCUCUACCACCAGACUUUCUCAAGAUAGCAACAAUCAUGAAGACCUUAAGAACCUAUCUAUUCAAUGGAGAGCCGGACUACUACUAG